AUGAAACUAUCCGCCCUCCUCCAAAUCAAAUCAUUCCCAACACUUUUAGGCCGUCGUGCUGACAUCGUACUCAGUCGGUCGUGCUCCCCGCCACUCAGCCCUGAUUCCAAAUGGAUGAAAAACGUGAAACGACCUACAAAACCUAACUUCAGAAGAAGCAAAUUACACUAUGAAUUGGCUGUGGUAGAGGAUUCGGAACGACUCACUGAAGUUAUGUUACCCAUAAGAAGUAGGUAUUGAACUUUAAGCGUUUUUUUAGUUUUUCAAUAUAUUUUAUACAAAAAUCUAAAAUAUGAACCUUUGAAAGAAUAAAAAGUUAUAUCAGGUUCCUAAUUUUCAUGUUUAUAUAUUAGUUUUUAAAAGAGUUACGUCGAUUUGAAGUUAGGAAAACCAAAAAAGUUCGAAUCCGGCCAGAAGACAGAAUAGGUUUUUUCAUUUUUCAAGGCCUAAAUCUUUAUAAAUCGUUCUCAUAGUUUAUUGACCUAAUUGCCAUGUGAUAUAUAAACCAAAAAAACAUAAACUAACCUUGUUCAGGAGGAGAAAGUAUUUUGUACGAGCUAUAUUCCCAUAUCAUGCAGAAGUAUAUCAAGAAAGAAACGUCUUUGCUGGGCUUCUAUCAUGAUCGACUUGUCGCUGCGGCUGUGACUAAAAUACAUCAAGUCAGGGUAGGUUUCAUAACAAAGGAUUUUGUUUUGGCUAUUCUUCCCUUAUUUUUUGGAGUAACAAUUAAUAAUUUGACGAAGUGUCAAAUCUUUAUUGAAAAUUAUUUUUAUUAUUUUUUUAGGUAAAAACGGACAAACUUACGUUGGAAACGGAACUAGAACAAGGUAUGUUGUAUUUUUGUUGUCUUUAAUCUAUUUUGCUGUUAUAUUAUUUUGAUUUUUCAGACAAAUUCACGCAUUAUAUUAACAAUGGCAUCUACAACUUUCGGAGAACGCUAAUGAACUCGGCGCUGAGUGGAUUCGAUGGGAAACGAGUAAUGGAAAUACAAUUAUCAUGGACCAAGAAAGAAAUGGAUAUGUGAGUGUUAUGUUCAUUUUUACGAUUUUUAGAAAUUUGAGCAAUUUGCAAGAGCUUUGGACAGUAUUUUGAGCUCAACGACAAUAUAAGAAACUUUUUUUGAGAUUUGUGAUCUCUGAUUCUUGUUGCUUUUUGAGUAACAUAUAAUUUGGCUGUUUAUUUCUUAACAAAAGCUUGGGAAAGGAUGUCACACUUGGGUUGACGAAAUAAACAAACAAUUAUCACUCUUAUUUACAAUAUACUUUGGCCUCAGGCCAAACUUUGUAAAAUCAUGCAAAUUGAUACCUAAAAAUGCAAAUUAUGAAAAAUGUUAGCUAAUGAAUGCAUUUUGCGAUGUUUUUUAAAUUGGCAUGAAUAAUUUGAAAGCUUUUGGAUGUUUUUGCAAAGGAUAAUCAAAAAAUGUCACUUUGUUACCUAAAAUUAUAUUUGUGUUUGUUUUGUAGAUAGAAGUGAUAGUUUAGUGUAUUUUACAAAUAGAAUAAAGAAUUUUAGGUAACUUAUGGCUGAAACUGUGUUUUAUAAGUUUUUGUUACCUAAAAUUACGUUAUCUGUUCGGUGGCUACAUAGUUCUGUUUGUUGAUGUUUUAUUUUAUAAUUUUAGCUAUUAUAUUAAACUUUGAAGCUUUUAAUAAUGUUAAUAUGCUAAUUGUUUUUAGCCGAGGAGUGCCAGAACUGUUGAGUAAUAUAUUCGCAUUUGCUCGAAGAUUGAAGUGCGAUUAUGUGGUGGGAUUAGCUGGAAUGCCGUAUAGAGAAUUCAAUUUACCUAAUUCCGUAUGUUCGCUGAGAAGAUUAUGGCUAAAAAUAUACAGUAAAGUCAUGUAAACAUAGUUUUGUCAUCUUCUUGGCAAGAUGUAAUGUUCUUAUAGUAGUAUUAUAUUAUAGUAUCUUAUUGAAAAGAAUUUUGCAAUAGUUGGUUAGGAAAUUUGGUGGUAAUGUUUGGCGUACUAUAGGUGAUACUAUAGUGCACUAUUGAGGUAAAUAUUAAGGUAAAGUAUGAUGAUAAACAUGUUUUACUUGGAAAAUUCAUAGAUAUUAUUAUAUGUCAUGAUAAGUUAGCGUUGUUUUUAAAGCUUAAAAUCAUUCUUAAAUAAAAUCGUUUUGUAAAAUACGAUAAAGUGAAUGAAUUGUAAAUUGUAUUGUUCAACAGUCCAUAUAUUGACAUUUUUGAGAUUAAUCUUUCAGGAAAGAGAUGACCGUUUGUUUGUGAUAGAAGAGAAGAUAUGGCCUGCUGAUUGGAUUAACUCGGCGACUAGACCGUAUCAAAAGGUCGUGGAGUAUCGGAUAGUGAAGUUGAUGGCUUACAAAGUUUAG